AUGGGCCGUCAGCCUCGUCAACGACCUGUUUCGUGCCACUUCUGUCGUGUACGAAAGUUGCGCUGUAGUCGCGACUUUCCGUGCUCCAAUUGCACAAGCCGCGGAGUCCAGUGUCAAUCCCAAGACCCACCCCGGCUUACAGCUACAGCUACAGCUCCGGUCUCACGGCCGAUAGCCAAGCGCGGAGAUCCGCCGCCUACGGACCGGGAAGCCGAGAUACUUAACCGACUGGAGAAGCUGGAGGCUCUCCUUGCACUACGGACCAACCAGACUGAGAGCAAUCCUCCCGCAACAUCGAUAGCAUCCUCAAGUGCAUGCAGCAGUGAUGAUGUGCCAAGAACUAGAACGCAGGCGCGCUCAUCAGAGCCGUCGCAUGCUUUACCUGCCAAUGUCCAGAAUCUGACUGCUGACGCUCUUUGGCUCGAGAGGACAUGUCUUGGCCCCAAGCCAUCGGACUCUGUGCUCGUAGACCAAAUUCUUUUCCGCGUCUGCCCUAUCCGCUCAAUCGCUCAGCCAUCAUCUUAUCUGUUCCAAAACUCAAGCGUUCCUUCAGGUCUUCUCUCACUGGAACCGACAAGAUGCAUCUGGCUUCCCCAACGACACGAGACCAAAAUGCUGAUUCACAAAUAUACCUCGGUCAUUACAUACAUGCACCAUGUCGUUCACAACCCAAGCGUAUAUAAGCUAGUAGAUGAGGUUUACGAUACUCUAGAGAGAGGUGAAGAACCCCAAUUAUGCCAGGUUUUCCUCAUGCUUGCGCUCUGUACCAAUGUCACAUAUGGCUGGACAGCAACAGACAACGACAUGACGCCCCUGUUUUUGGACUUUUCAGAGUCAAAUAAUCAAUCAUUUGGCUGGCUCAAGGCAGCUUUUGAUGUAUUUGAUACGGCCCAACGGAGGUCUGAAGUGGGUUUGGAGUUGGCACAGGGGCUCAUUAUUUUGAGCUUCGUCUUGCUCAACCUGGAAGGCAUUUCAGCACGAGCUCGAAACUGUUUAUUUCAAGCCAUCACAAUAUGCCGUGAGCUUGGCGUCCAUCGUCUAGAUCACCCACACCAGCAGCCUUCGACGCUAAUUACCCAAUUCAGCAAUCUAAAGGCUGAGAUAGCUCGACGAGUCUGGUGGUAUCUUGUCAUAACAGAUACAAUGAUGGCGCGAUUCCCAGGUCCUCAUGAGGGCACUUGUGCUAUUAACCCUCAAUAUAUGAAUAUUAGAAAGCCCCUGAACAUCAAUGACGAAGACCUGGUAGAGGGGAAGGAGAUGGUUGGGAGACCAUUGACCGAGUCAACGAGUAUGUCCUAUUUCAUGCAAAGAAUGAAAAUCGGGGAUGUGAUUCGGGAUUUCACGGAGCGAGUAUCUCUCUCUUCUCCAAACCAACAGGGCGAUCCUUACGACAUGGUACUGGGGAUAGACGCUGGUAUGGAGCGGUUCAUAGACGAGCUUCCCCCUUUUAUGAAGUUGAACGCUAUGGAAGUGCAGCAAUUGCCCCCUGAUGAUGUUCAGAGACAACCAGACAUAGUCAUUCAACGCCACAUUAUGAAGACCUUCAUUUACGGACAAAGAUGCAAGCUUCAUCUCCCAUACUUGGCUCGGGGGGCGGUAGAGCCUGCGUAUGCUCAAUCACGGAGAGCCUGCCUUGAUUCUGCACGAAUGGUCAUCCAAGCAGAAACACAAAUGGAGGAGGAAGACACAACGUUCAAAGCGACGAGGCUUCGGCUAUGUUUGGCCUUGCACAGCGUCUUCAUCGCCAGUAUAGUUCUACUACUAGACUUCUGUCUUGGCGUUGAUGCCGACGAGAAAGAACAGAGACGGCAGGACUUGGCUGAAGCAUGGCAUAUUCUGGAGACAGCAAAGGAACACUCGAGACCCACAGCACGUAUUCAGGACCUUCUGAGACAGGUGAUGAAUAAACACAAGGUGUCCUUGCCCGUGGUCAAACCAAAGGAACGGCAUCACCCAAGGCCAGUGGGUAAAAACCUUCCACCUACACCUAAUUCAUCAACGGCAAUCAUGUCAACGGAAACAACUCCCAGUGACGUAGGAGUUUCUUCUCAGGAGUUGAAUGAUCUGGGAUUCAACAUGGACUUGGACGGAAUGGACUGGGAAGGCCUCCUCUGGGGCUUGGAAGCUCCCAUGUUCUAA